UUCCAAUCCCCUCCAUAUCAUGUGAUUCAGGUGUUCCAAUCCCCUCCCAAUCAUGUGAUUCAGGUGUUCCAAUCCCCUCCAUGGACACAGGUGAUAUACAAUCAAGCCCCUAGACAUGCAGACGGCUUUCUACAAACAUUGGUGAAAGAAUGGGUCGCUCUCAGGAGCUCAGUGGCUCCAAGCGUGGUCCCGUGAUAGUGGCCACCUGGGCAAUAAGUCCAUCACCGUGACAUUUCCUGGCUACUAAAUAUUCCACGCUCAACUGUUAGUGGGAUUAUAACAAAGUGGAAGCCACUGGGAACAACAGUCACUCAGCCA